GCAGAACCAAUAGAAACUGCUCAGAAAUUCUUACGAGCCAAUGGGGAGUUGCGAAAGUUGACACACUGAUUGUAACCAGUGGAUGGUUCAAUCCCUAUGUAACCCCCUCCCCCACAGGAAUCUUUGUUGUAGUGAGGGCUGUGGAAAUGGCUUCGCUUUAGCAGAUGUUACUACACUACAUUUGCCACCAUCCUGUGACAGUCACUGUGUCAAAGGAGUUUUGCAGGUCUCACUCAAUCUACUGGGAGUUUUGGAAGCCUUUUUCAGGAAUAUUUGCGUGUUUAUGAUUCUGGUGCAACCAAUUAGCAGUAACCAAACUGCUCCUCAUAGUAACAGACGAAUAUAGGAGUAGAGAAUCUCCAUAACUUAAGUCUAAACAGUAAGCUUGGCCUCAAUAGCCAGGAUCCUGGCACUGUCUGAGGGGGUGCAGGGACUCCAGUUAAAGGAGCCUGUCCCCCUCAGACAGUUAUCACUUUCUGUUGUCCCACACUACCCUCUGGCUGGACUCCUUUCACUACAACCUCCUUGAUACUUUUUUCUUUUUCCUCUAAAUCUUCCAUUUUAUAAGCCAAUAUGAGUCAGAGUAGUGGCCCCAGUCCCCAGUUAGCAGACUCUCCUUUGCUGCUUCAGAGCUCAGACCUUCUCUGCAACUUAGGGACCCCUCAGCCUGAACGCAUACGCCAUCCAGACUCUCUAACUCCAUCUCCCAAGAGUCUACCACCAUCCCCUAUUCCUCCAGCUCCUAUUUCUAUUCCAACUGGGGACUGGGAAAGCCGUGAGGAACUGCGCCUUCGAGAACUAGAGGAGGCGAGAGCUCGAGCUGCUCAAAUGGAGAAAACCAUGCGUUGGUGGUCAGACUGUACAGCUAACUGGAGAGAGAAGUGGAGCAAAGUAAGGGCAGAGCGCAAUAAGGCAAGGGAAGAAGGAGUCCAGCUAAGGAGUCGCCUUGAAAUCCUUUGUAAAGAACUGGGAGCCUUAAAAAGAGAGAGACAAGAAGCAGCCACUGAAACUGAGCAGCUUCGAAAAGAGCUAGAGAGACUACGUGGAAAGCCAACAGUGCUAGAGUCCAAUGAUCCCGAUGUAGAAGAGCCAGUAAGAGAUGUGGAAAUUGAGAAAUUUACAAAAAGCAAGGAUCCAGACCUUAAUAAUAGUGUGCUGCUUGAGGGCUGGGAAAAUCAAAAUGGGGGACCUUCUCGCAGUCCUAGGCCCCGUAACUGGGAAGAUGUGAGUCCCAGUGAGGAUGAAGCAACAAAAAUCACUGCACUUAAAUUGAGGCUAGAUGAGAGCCAGAAGGUGCUGCUGAAAGAAAGGGAGGAUAAGAUGCUGCUCAAUAAAACCAUUGAGAAGAUGGAAGCAGAACUCAGUCAAUGGAAACUGAAAUGCGAGGAGCUAAACAAAUCCAGGCAGGAGGCAGUUAAGCAGCUUACUCUUGUAAGGGAGCGCCACCAGGAUGAGUUAGGAAGAAUCUCUGAGGAUCUUCAGGAUGAACUUGGUGUACGAUCCAGUAUGGACAAGAAACUCGCAGAGCUCAGAGCUGAGAUGGAGGGACUCCAAGCUGAGAAUGCAGAAGAGUGGGGCCGCCGGGAAAGGCUGGAGACAGAAAAGCUGAACCUUGAACGGGAGAACAAGAAACUGAGGCUUCAGAUUCAAGAUCUUGAGGAGAUUUUAACCCGAAAAAGGAGGCAGACAGCCAGUGCCCUUGAUACUGACCUGAAGUCUAUCCAGGCAGAGCUAUUUGAAAAGAAUAAGGAGCUAUCGGAUCUGCGCCACAGUCAUGCUAAGUUGAAAAAGCAAUACCAUGAGAGGAGCUCUGAGUUCACUCAUGCCAAUCGCCGUGUAGAACAGCUAGAAAAUGAAGUCAAGAAGCUCCGUCUGCGUGUGGAGGAGCUGAAGAAAGAACUAGGCCAAGCUGAAGAUGAGUUAGAUGAGGCACAAAACCAGACACGGAAGUUACAGAGAACACUGGAUGAACAAACAGAGCUAAAUGAAAAUCUUCAGGUACAACUUGAACACGUACAGUCAAGGCUGAGGCGACAGCAAAAUCCACCUCUGUUCGGGAAGCUACGCACUUCACGAUUUGGCAAUGAUGAUGCUGUGGACAUAGGAAGCGAUCCGGAUGAGGAUGAUCUACAAAUUCAAGUCCCCUAGGAGCCAACUCUUAAGGAUCACAUAGGAAGUAAUAAAUAGAGCCUUAUUUUCUGAUAAGAAUGCCAAUGGUUUUAAACUUUGCAAUAGGGAUGCACAUUGAGACUCUUAAAUGAGUACCUGUGGUAAUAUGUGUCAAGCUUCAAAACAAACAAUCACAGGAUCUGACUUCAACAGUUUUCUUCUAAUUAA